CUUCAGCCUCCCAAGGUGCUGGGAUUACAAGCAUGAGGCACCGCACCCAGCCCAGCUGUUAAUCUGGAAUUUCAGGAUGAUGGCGUCUGCGGCAGCAGCGGAGGCCGAGAAGGGAUCUCCAGUUGUGGUGGGCCUGCUAGUUGUGGGCAACAUCAUUAUUCUGCUGUCAGGCCUGGCCCUGUUUGCUGAGACCAUAUGGGUGACAGCCGACCAGUACCGCGUAUACCCACUGAUGGGAGUCUCAGGCAAGGAUGACGUCUUCGCUGGUGCCUGGAUUGCCAUCUUCUGCGGCUUCUCCUUCUUCGUGGUAGCCAGUUUUGGUGUGGGCGCCGCACUCUGCCACCACCGGUCCAUGGUCCUCACGUACCUGGUGCUCAUGCUCAUCGUCUACAUCUUCGAGUGCGCCUCCUGCAUCACGUCCUACACCCACCGUGACUACAUGGUGUCCAACCCAUCCCUGAUCACCAAGCAGAUGCUGACCUUCUACAGCGCGGACACCGACCAGGGCCAGGAGCUGACCCGCCUCUGGGACCGCGUCAUGAUUGAGCAAGAAUGCUGUGGCACAUCUGGUCCCAUGGACUGGGUGAACUUCACGUCAGCCUUCCGGGCGGCCACUCCAGAGGUGGUGUUCCCCUGGCCCCCACUGUGCUGUCGCCGGACGGGAAACUUCAUCCCCCUCAACGAGGAGGGCUGCCGCCUGGGGUACAUGGACUACCUGUUCACCAAGGGCUGCUUCGAGCACAUCAGCCACGCCAUCGACAGCUACACGUGGGGUAUCUCGUGGUUUGGGUUUGCCAUCCUGAUGUGGACGCUCCCGGUCAUGCUGAUAGCCAUGUAUUUCUACACCACGCUCUGAGGGACAAGAGAGGAAGGCAACAUACACACCCCGGACUCCUCUGCAUCCUCCUCCUGCUUCCUCCGCUGGGGCCUGGAUGGCUGCCUCACCUCUCACCUCCCAACCUCCCUAGCCAUUACCUGCUUCCACUUCCAAGAUCUUUUUCCGGGUUCCUGAGCCCUACUGUGACUCAGGUGUGCCCUGAAACCCCAGGGCUUGUGUGCACGUAUCCUGAGCCCUUGACCUCACUCCACUUGGCUGGUUCCUGCCCAUCUUUCAAGGGACCUCUCCAUGAUCCCACCUCCCAUUCACAGACACCUCUCUUGUAGUUCUCUGACCUCCUCCUUCAUGGCAGGCGUCACCAUUCUUGCUGAACAGUUUGUGAUUACCAUUUGAGCUCUGGAAGUCUCUAUUGCCAUGAGAGUUCUGUCACGGUCACUUUACUGUCCGCAUCAUCAGCCAGCACGGGGCUAAGCACAUACUAGAUAGUCAAUAAAUAAAUAAAUAAUGAAUGAAUGA